AUGACACUAUUAAAAGCAAAUCAUCUUGAUCCUCAUACCUACACAAGCGGUCGUUGGUUGCGUCACAACGAUCUGGAGAUUGACUCGCGCUACAUUACUUUUGAUUUCGACGCGCUCUGCAGGAGGGUUAUUGAGCUCUGUCCAGGAGCUACUUCUAUAGCGACAUAUGACAAGAAAGAAGGGGGUUUCAACAGAGUCUUCAUAUUCUCCACAAAUAAUGCAGAAACGGUCGUGGCAAGACUACCUUUCGCACUGGCAGGACCACCUUGUUUGGCCACCAAUUCCGAAGUCGCAACAAUCAAGUAUCUACAAACCAACACCAGCAUCCCUAUACCUAAAAUCCUUGACUGGAGCGAUGAUCCCUCAAACGCCAUUGGCAGUGAAUACAUCAUCAUGGAACACGCUGUCGGUACUCAAUUACAUCAUAAAUGGCCGACUAUGGCUAUAGACCAACAAAUAAGCUGUAUAGACGCUAUCUAUCGGAAGCUGAAAGAAGUGGUGGACAUCAAAUUUUGGGCUUAUGGGAGCGUGUAUUUUGCCGAUAUUUCGCUCGAUUCUGCAACCAAGCGACCUUUAAACGGGAACUUCUCCAUUGGGCCUCACUGUGGCUCUAGGUAUUGGGACUGCAAUGUUGGCGAAUCUAUGUACUACCACAAAACAAAACCCAACCGGGGACCGUGUAAGUUUGUCGUGAAGCUUUCCCACCUUUGUUGA